UCCAUGAUUAUUCCCUUAAUUAUAAAUUGAUGCGCGAGAAAGUCCGGAAAAUACAAUGCUACUACUAUUAUGUGAAGGAUAAAUUCCCAAAAUUAUUUGAAAUACUCCAAGUUCCCAUAAUCUCUAGGUUGAAUUCGAUCAAUUACAGCUCCUGAUCACUACCAAUCCACCGAUUUAAUUUCAAACCACAGCUCUCGCCGUCAAAUUACCGCGAAAAAACCGAAAAUCCAAACCCUAGGGUUCAGGUUUUUUGCAGAAAAAUUCACAAAUGUCAUCGUCGGGAAGGCCGACGUCCGUCGCCGCCGGUGAUAUGCAGAUGGUUGUGGUGGCGGACAGAGCACCUGCCACUCUGCCACCACGUCCUCCGCCUCCUUCAUCUUCGUCCUCAGCUCUGGUAGAGUAUACACCGCCUGCAGCCAACCCCGAGGAUGAGGACCUUGAAGUUAAGCUCCGGCGCAUUAUUGAAUGCGUCCCUGUUCGCGUCAGCAAUACCUCAGGAAGUUCAGCCGGUUCCGGCUCUGGUGAUUUCCAUCAGUAUCGUCAAAUGAGACGGAAAGAACAAGAUCGGCUUGCAAGAAUGGAUGCAGACUUCCAGAAAAGGAAAGAAAUAACAGAAUUCAGCAAGAGAAGGGAAGAAAGAUUAAAAGCUGCGGAGGAGCGUACAUCCAAAAAGCGCUUGAAACGUCUGAAGAAAAAGCUAAAGAAGAAAGACAAAAAGAGCAAAACGGAUGCUGGUGGUGACGGGCAUCAGAAAGAACAAUCUUCAGAUGAGGGUGGAGACUCGGACAAUGAGGAAACUUAAGCGGCAACCCAAUUGUGGUCUCGUUCUCGAUCUCUGGUUUGUGCUUGGAGUUGGAACUUGGAAGUGUUAGUUAGAUACAGAGGUCGGACAUGGUGAAGAUUGACCAAACAUUCAAAAUUCGCUGUCUAGUCUUCAGUUUGUUUGAACACAUGAAUGAGGAAAAUCAACUUGUAUUUGGUUUAGAUCAUUAUCAUCGCAAUCAAGUCAAGGAGGAGAAUGGCUAUUUUUGACUGACUUGUGAUGCGCUUAAACUUUGUAGUGAAAUCGUUGCUGGAUAUUUCACUUGAGACAUUUAAGCCGUUAGCUUCUGACUUAAUCUUUUAUGUUGGUAGUGUAAUAUGCAAAUAGAAUCGAAAUGUAGUAUAAAUGUCAUUUAAGUCCCUCCUCUCUCUCCCUCUCGUGCUGGUUUGUUUAUGAUUUUUUUUUAAAACAUUUGUUGUGGUGUAUUCUCAAAAAGGUUAUUCACAUUUAUAAUACCUUAUCCUUCAUUGUAAAUUUAUAUGUUUUGAAUCUUUUGAUAGUGGAGAUAAUAUAUACCGUUAUUUUGGAUU